GCGGCGGCAGCGAGCGGAAGGAGAAGAUGGCGCCGAGAGGAAGCAGCGCCAUGGUGGUGGCGGUUGCCGUCGUGGUCCUGUCAGGCCUCCUCCUCCAGGCCCCACCUGCGGCAGAGGCGGCGGGGCAGAAGAAGCCGGCGACGGCCGCGAGGCGGGAGGACGUCCCGUACAUCCGGUGCCAGGUCUGCGAGCGGAUCGCGCGGGAGAUCUCCGCGCAGGUCGCCGCCAAGCAGCAGGCGCUGCCGCCCUCCAAGAAGGUGCCGGAGAUCGAGAUCAUCGACAUCGCGGAGAAUGUGUGCAACCUCAAGAAGCAGGAGGCGGACUGGAUGCUCCGGAUCGACAUCGUGGAGAAAGGCGAUAAGCUCGAGCUUGUGGACCAAGAUGAGGAGGGACACUGCAAUUCAGAAUGCAAGACCAUUGAGCGUGCAUGCCAGGAGGUGAUGGGUUAUGCUGAUACAGAUGUUGCUGAAUUUGUCUACACAAAUAAGCCGUCACUUGAUCAGCUGAUAAAGUUUGUCUGCAAAGAUAUUACCAAAGCAUGUGCUGCAGCUCCACCACCAGUUCCAAAAGAUCGGGUCCCUGGAGAGCCCUUUGCUGCGAAACCAUCAAAAGAUGCUGAGAUGGAGAAGAUAAUGAGAUCAAUGGAGGGCAUCCCAGGUGCACCGAACAUGAAGAUGUACUCUAGAGACGAUCUGAUGAAGAACAACUUUGGUGCUGAUGAAGGUGGCGAUGAUGAUGAAGAUGACGAUGAAGACGAGGAGGAUAACUUCCCCAAGAACUUGGGAAAAGUUCUAAAAAAUAAGGGUCCACAAAAGAAAGAUUUGAAGCAACAGGUUGUGAAACAGAUCCAGGAUACCGGCAAAAAAUUGAAGGGCCAUGUGAGCAAGGUGUCAAAAGUGGUAAAGAAAUGGUGGCAAGGGAAGAAGAAGCCCGCAAAGUCUGGCAAAACUGAGCUAUGAAGACCACAAUAUUCCUAAAUCGGUCCAGUAAAUUGAUGUCCCAUCCAGAACGUUGGUAGAGAAAGAACAUGACAUGUACGAUGAUUUUAAGAAGCUUUUAGUGUAUACUAGUUGAGAAAGUAGACUCUGUAGUUGAAGCAGGCUCAUUCACGAGAAAUAGUUAGAUCAUCGGCUGUCUUAUGGCUUCUGGAGUUGAAGUAGACAAUGUUGCUGAAGUCGCAGUUUGAUUUUUUGUGUAUGUGAUAUUGUAAAUGAACGGUCAUACUGUUAAGUUAGAUCAUCGGCUGUCUUUCGGUU